GCUGCUUAGUCGCUCUUUGUCUGUCGCGUGCGCUCGGUGGUUGGGGUGUUGUCGGAAGGGUGGAGGUGUCGGGCGCCAGUCGCUACGCGGACGUUGAGCUCGGGAUCUCCGUUGUCCCUCGCGAGACUUUUUUUUUCCGCCCCCGUAAAGCUUGUGCUCGCGAUCGACGGACGUUCGCUUCGUUCGAUUCGUACGCGGUAACACGCGUGCGUUUUCCGAUCGGUAGCCGUGACAUCGUCGAAUGUCGGAUCCGCGCGAUAUCGCCCACCGAACAAGCUCGAUCUCGAUCAUUGGCUCCGUGUGGCCGACGAGGAUCGCGCUCAUGUGACGAUUACUUGCUACAUGACGAUAAAACGAGUGUCGUACGUGAGAUCGAAAAGGAUCGAAUACGUAAGCGUUCUCGGUUGCUGUGAUUUGCUUACCAGUCGGGAGGAUACUCUACGGUAUACUACGUACAGCUUCGGGACUAUAACGGAUAUCGAUGGUGAUUCGAUGCAGCCACGAGGGGACGGAAUCGUGACGAUUUCGAUUGCGACCGUAUCGGCACAAGGUGUACCCUGAUUUCCAUUCAGAAGCACGCGAGAUUACGUUUCGAUCGAAACCGGGCAGUUAUCGUUGGACGUAAAUCAUCGGACCACUCGACGGAUGAGUAACGAAGCGUGGCCCGCUGCUCUCAAGGAGAUCGACCGCGUCGCCUCGACGAGUUUGCAGACCGGACCAAUCAUCUUGGAGGACGAGGGGAUCGCUGGCGAUGUUUUCGGCGAGACGAAGCAUCGGCGGAAGGCCAAAGUAGAGAUAAAAGCGUGAAACGAGAUCGAGUAUAAGAUGAGAUAGAUAGAUAGAGAGAGAGAGAGAGGGAGAGAGAGAGAGAGAGAGAGAGCGGGUCGCUGGAGAUCUCGAGGAACGAAACACAAUGUGCUGGAGUGUACGAGCCUGGUGGUGGAGAGGCGCGCUUCUCGGGACGAUGAUGCUGUUAUCGUGGACGUGGCCGGUGGUGGAGGGCUGCCCGAACAUGUGCACGUGCAAGUGGAAGAGCGGGAAAGAGUGGGUGGAGUGCGCGAAUCGAGACCUCAAGGGACUUCCCCAAGGCGCCAGAGAGGAGACCCAGGUGUUGGAUCUGUCGAACAAUCAUCUGGUCAGUCUGCCGCCGGAAUGCUUUCACGCGCUCGGCUUGAUCAAUCUGCAACGACUGUACCUGAGUAGAUCGCACAUCAGCCGUAUAGCAGCCAGAGCGUUCGUCGGUCUGGUGGGGCUGGUGGAGUUGGAUCUAUCGGAGAAUCUGAUCGAGGAGAUACCUAGCGACACUUUCCCCUCCUACUCGAAUCUGAUGAAGCUACUGCUCAACGGCAAUCCUAUACGGGAAAUCCGUGCAGCAGCAUUCCAGCAUCUGCCGCAUCUGACCAACCUGGAAUUGAGUCACUGCCGGCUGGAGAAUAUCGAACAGGGGGCGUUCGACGGCCUUCAUCUGCUCGAGUGGCUACGACUCGACGGCAAUCGGUUGACUCGCGUGCCCGAACGCACGCUGCCCCUAGGCGGCAGCCUCCGCGGACUCACGCUGCACAACAAUCCCUGGGUCUGCGAUUGUCGUCUGCAGGCCACGCAAGCUUGGCUCAAGGAAUCCGCGCCGGCCGCCCCUCAGGAGUCCGACCCCGUCUGCGACGCUCCUGCCAAACUCCGCGGCAAACAGAUCAAGACCGUCAACGAACUCGCUUGCCUGCCACGGAUCGAGCUGCGGAACCGAGUGGAGGCCUACGAGGGAGACAACGUCACGCUCAAGUGCGACGUUUACGCCGUCCCGGCUGCCAAGCUCACCUGGUGGUUCAACGGCGAACUCUGCGAACUCCAGAACGAGAACGACACGCUCUCCGCUUCCUCGGCUACCACCUUUCCCCGGUACGUCUACAGGCAGCGCGGCGGGAUCAACACGAGCAGCACUCUGCUACUCUACUCCGUGGAGACUUUGAACGAGGGCACGUACACGUGCAUAGCAGAGAACGGAGCGGGGUCCGCGGAGGCGAAUUUAUCUUUGCGAGUGCUGUUCCAGGAGAAAAUAACCGUGGAACCGCCAAACGAUCGCUCAAGAUCGGGAUACGUGGUGGCCAUAGCAGCCGGUGCUCUGCUGGGCACUCUGUUUGCCCUGGGCUCUCUGAUCGGUAGCAUAGUGUUCUGCGUGCGGAAACGUCGUCGCGACCGCAAAAGGAACUCGAAAGCUCUGGUAUCGCAGAACAAAUCUGUUAUGCCUAUCACCAAGGAUACCGCCACCAGUUUACCGUGCAGAAAGGGCAACGGCAGUUUGAUCGGGCUCGAGCACCAGCAGAUGGUUUCGUACACCGAACGAGAGUUGAACCGAGCCGCGACACUCGAACGCAGAGAGCACAGAAACAUGGAGGAACCGUACUGCAGCCCGGUUUCCAAGUAUCUGACGGAACCAGAUCUGAUAAACGAGGUGCCAGAGACGACGGACGUCGGAUACGGUCAGUUGUAUCGCCAUCAGCCCGGUGACAGACAGAUCCUGGAAUACGACUCCGGAUACCCGCUGCAACCCGAUCUACGACCAGCGAAUAUCCCACAGCUGAGCUAUCUCGAUCAAGACGGUUACCCGCUCAACUUUGGCCUACCGAAGAUCCCUUUCAGCGCCGCGAGCACGCUACCGCGUCUCAGGCAGAGGAUGCCGGUGGAAGGUUCCGCGGUCGCGCCACCAGCCAGGUACUCGAGGGAAGCGGAGUUCCUCGCCAGAUCGCCAGGAUACGACCCCGUGCUGCCUCGAACCGACACCAGGUACACCGCCGAGGGAUACCCUUACCCCGCUCAACAAUCGCAGCCGAUUCAACCGGUCGAGCAACCCAUUCAGCAGCAGCUUCCUGUGUCCCCGGUGUCGCCGGUCGCCGUGUUCCCCGAGGUACCGUUCAUUCCCUCUCCCCCAGCCGCCUACAGAGGCGAGACGACGCCGCUGUCGCCGAGAUCGCUAUUAAGCAAAACUGCCCGGGAAGCUGCCGCGGCAGCCGCCGCCAGGGCGGACGAUCUCCAGCCGCCUCAUCAUCCGGAGAGUCCCGACGAGGGAUACGUUGGCGACGCGAUGGACGUCUAAGAGAACUCGGGAUCGACGACACGAAGAUGGCUCGCGCAUAGAGCAGAAGACCGGCGGGUCGGUUCGAAUCCGAUUAUCUCGGUUCCCGGGGGCAGAGCAGAGACAGCGGAUCUGUCGCGUACACGAACCGAGGAAACUGUCGGGACGUACGUUCGGACAAAUUAAUCCAAGGGAAACAAGGCACGGACACGAUUGGCAGAACAAGAAACUCGACAGAGAGCUACGUCGUCGUUGUCGUCGUCGCCGUCGCCGUCGUUGUCUGCGAGAAUAGAUAUCAAACGUCGUGCGGCCAAAAUGCCGGUUGAGCAGGAACAAAAGGAGCCGGAGCAACGGAAACGUAAUGGAUUAAUCAGGUGCGAGGCUUCCCAGGCGUCCCGAAUCACGUGUCUGCGGAUAAUAAUUUCUUGUCAGUAACAGGUCUCCGUGUUCGAGGAACAGCCAGCGUUGCUAAUCAAAUCGUCUACCCCGCAAAGUGAGAGGGGGAGGGGGGGGGGGCAACGUUCGAACGCGGCAACGGAUUUUUCACCAGCUUUUUCCAGGUGAAAAGCGUCGUAAAAGCCGUUUUCGGUAUAGAACUUUUGGCGAAAAAUUCGAGUUGUUUGUCGGAGAGGAGAGCAUAGGGAAAUUCAGGAAAUUCUGCGUUGAAAUUAUACGAGCUCGGUUAGUCGAGCAAAAUCCGCAAAAUAGAAGAGCGAGCGAGCGAUUUUUCGGCGUUGUCGAACGAUCGACGUGGAUGCAAGUUCCAUGGCGACUGGUGCAGGGAAUUUUCGCAUGGUUCCGGAACGCAGAUCUCGACCAUUCUCGCCAGCCUCGCUUGGCAAUGGAAUUUGCCGGAACGAGGGUUACGCGAGCGGUGCACCGAUCAGAGGAAUCGAAUUUUCCAAGAGCUUACGGAAGCCGACGAACGCAAACGAACGGCCGCGAGCGCAGUCGGAAUUUUGAAAACCGGCUGAUCCGAUCGCGCAGUCCGAUCGAAGCUGAUCUGUCCACGUACCGAAGAACGCUCGCCCUUUACGCUCGCUCGUACUAUUGCGAUCUGUCACUCCGACUACAGCCGGAAAUUGGAAACGUUUCUGGAACGAACGGUAACUUUGCUCGCUGGUUGGCAACGGUGGUCAACUUUGUCAAAGUUAUGCGUUUGAUAGCGCGGGAAUCCUCGAUGAAAUAGUUGAGAGAAAUUGUUUGUAUGUACAUAGGGGACGAGUGGGACGAGUGUGUGUCAAAGUGUAAGAAACGAAAGAAAUUACAGAGGAGCGUGUAGUGGAGAGUAAAAUACCGAAUGGCGUACUACCGACCUUAAAGCUUAAGAAUAUUCUUCCGUUAACAAACACAAACUCUUUCGCCUCGUUAAAAUGGACGUCUUUCAUCGUACACGGUACGUUUAAAAGUAAGAGAUGCAAAUGCGUGGAAUAGCAACUCGUUUGCAGCCACUGUAAGCGGUAAGAGGAGCGCAAAGCGCGAGAGAGAAGCGUGCUUUCGAAACGAAGAAAGGAUACGACGGAGAAGAAACGAGAAUACUCUGCUGGUUUACGAGUCCCUCGAGAGGACUCGUUCGAUAUCUGCUCAAGUUCAUACGCAUCCUUCACCCCCUUCAUUCACCGUUCCAUCUCCUGGUCAUUUCCUCUUUAGGCUAACCAAUUGUAUCGUUAUUAGAGUCUACUGCUCGUCGGUUUCCCAAGAAACGAACAGGCUCUAUCCGGUCUGGAAAGUUCCGACGAAAGGUUAUAGCAAUUCUACCGUAGUGAUAAUAACGUUAACUCGGUGUUUAAGACUGGUGAACUGUGCGAGAUUACGAGAGAGCCGGUAUAGGCCUCGGCUAGCCCCAUGUACAGACACGUUAAAUAUACAUAUACAUAUGUAUAAAUUUGUACACCACUCUGGAAAACGCGAAAACCAACGGGCACACACGUACGUAAAUGUCCACAUAUUAUAUGUAAUACAAGUAUACAGACGUGAAUGUGAAUAGGCGGAAACGAGGGUUGGUCAGAACACGCGCUGGACACGCGCGGAAAGUAGAUAUUUUUUGAAAGGUGUCGUAGAGCCUAACACGCGUGACCAGGCAACCGCUCGCUCCGUCUUCUCGCCCUGUAUUCGUUAUCGUUGUGUAGCCGAUUUUUAAGAGUUCGAUCGUACGCGUUGCUUCGCGAUACUCGACCAAUCGAUACCAACAACCGACUGCAAAACACUCGUACAAUUUUCACCGUGACUCCUCAUCUUCGUCCAGGAAGAAGACGUACACGUUUUUCUCUGAAUUUGUUCAAUGAAUCCGCGCGAGGUUGGUGGUGUAUCGCGAACCAGGCUGGCGUCGCACCGAUCAAACGGCAAGAUCGGUUCAUCUAGAAUCUAGGUAAUAAACGAAUCGAUCGUUCUUCGAGGGCUAUCUAUCUAGCCCGAUCCAACGCUAGGUUUACGAAUUACGAUCAGCGGAUGGCGGACCGUCGGACGUGCAGCGAAAGGAUGCACAGCUCCGUUUAGUAGUGGAUCGUCUAUUCGGGCGAUCGUAAACGCAACUGCUGCUGCCCUCUUUUCUGCCUCUUGUCGAUCAUCGGCCGAUUCACGGACGAACGGCGACAGUCUCUCCGCCUCGAAGCGUGAACUCGAAUCCGCACAUCCUUCCGAGCUCACCACGGCUCGAAUACCACGACCCCUCGAAUUUUUCGUUCGAUACGCCCCGCGUUUCGCUCGCGCGCACGCACACACGCGCACACAAAAUUUUGAAUCAGCGUUAACGGCGUUUUACAGGGUAUCCGGGUGAUUGGCGAAAGGAUCGUCGAGACGGAAACUUCGUUAGCCGCGACAAUAGGAAGCGACACUUGGGAUCAGUGGUAGCUGAAAGCGAACCGAGUCUACGCACUCCUCCGUGUUUACGAGUACCACGAAGAUGUUCUCGGUUUGUACGAAGGAAAUCGAGUUCACUCGAGUCUUUUUUCACCUCGAGGUUGCUCGUGUUGCCGUACUCGCGUCAACGUUCGCACUUGCGAAAAUCGGAUCAGCGAUCAUCGAUCGAAGCUCGCCUCCCGUCUCUGCCUCGACGUUCCAAGCGAGUCGAAGGACGAUCUUCGCCAACUGCGAGUCGCGAAUGGAAAUACUCUUCCGGUUUCCUCUUGCACGCGUACGCCAGAUACGAAAGGGAUCGCCCGUUGGCGUCGAACCGCGUUUAUCGGUUUGUCAAACCAGCGAAAAGGGAGCAAGUUUCGAUGAAGAAUUUCGCGGCAAUAUAUCAAACGUAAUAAUUUGCGUGGCGCAUCCGUACGCGGUGCACGCGCAGGCUAGCAAUAAAAUUUUCAGGAAAAAAAUCGUCGCUGCUCGACCACGGACGCGCCGUAAUUCACGACCGCGGCAACGCCGCUUUUUGAGUUACGACGCGGUCCAGAUUAUUUGGCACGCCCCGAGUGGAAUUAGGUUUACGAUGUUCCCCGAACCUCGUCUCGUUUUCCCAUCGCGUCGAUGUACAAAACGCACGUGUUCAUGUACCUACACCGCUUUGUUCUCCGCGUGUUACCGUCCUUUCUUCUUUUAUUUUCCUUUUUUUACACUUUCCCAUCGACGAUCGGAACGCGCCGCUCGUUCAACAGGGCUCUUAUCGUGGCUUCGCUCGAAUUUUCCCCUUCGAUGUUGUGCGCAAUGAAUAUGUUGUACUUUUUCCGGAUUAAUUGGACGCGCUCGUUUCGUCGAAUUUUUCCCAUUUUUCAGCCGCUCUUCCCGACCUCGCUCGCGUAGUAACUGGCAUCAUGAAAAUCGCUCGCCUCCCGAUAAUCGAUGGUGAAUUUAUCGUUCGUGGCGCGACAAUCAAAGGCGAAAAAGCAAGCUUUAAACGGAACAAACGCAUCUUCCACCUCGAUUCGUUCGCUUAUAUUUUAUAGAAUUUAAUUUUCCAUUUUCGGCCGUUCGUUCCACAUUUUCCAACGUUUUUCAAUUUCGUCUCUGACGCGCUAUUAGGCAAACGUAUCGAACUUAACAUUUUUAUUUCACUCGUAUCGUUUCUCUUGCUCCUUUCUUUCUUCUCUUUUCUUCUCUUUGUUUCAUCCCGGAACAAACUUUUAGUCCUUUCUCGCCAGGAUGUAUUCGCGAAACGACCAGUCUGUCGAACUAUGCCUGUUCGGCUACGUUGACGGGGACCCACGACGAUUUUCCCUUCGAGUUCCAUUUUUGCAACCCGCUUUGCAACAAACAACAGGUGGCUGCGACUCGAACGCGAAACACAUAGGAACGAAACGUGCAUCCGGAACGACUGCUGUUGUCAUCCUCGGGGACGGCAGAAUACACUUCUGCGGAACGUAUAGAAACGCGCGGCGAGCUUAAACGAGUUACGCGAACGCGAUAGAGAAACAGAGAAAACAGUAGAAACGGGAUCGGACAGUACGGAAACGUGUUGGACGACCGGAGCCCGGCUAUUGGAAUUCGCCGAAACCCAGGAAUCCCUGCAGAAUCGGCGAACGAUGUCGGUCGACUUCCGGAUUCGUGCCCGCGUGCCACGAAAUCGUAAUCGCCCGACUCCUCUUCCUGGUUGCCGACUAACGGUAACGGGCCUCUGCAAACGCUCGAACAAGCACGCGUGGCCGCGUUGAAAGGGCUUGUUGUGCCGCGGACACAACCGGGAUAAUCACUGUUUGCAGGGCGGAUGCUCGUUGUCCACCUAGUAACAGGCAUCGAGGCUGUGCCGUGGCACCGAAUGCACGCGCAUCGUUCGAAAUGCCGAUCGUUGUCGCGCCAACCGUCACCGUUUCAUGGUUUUCGGCAGCCUUUUUUCGCCGAGUUUCGUCCGCCCGACUCCCGACGAUCUUCGACGUGGACUCGUGUUUCGGAUAGUUGCCGUUGUUUUCUGCCGCGACACGCCUGUAUACCUUGUUUCCGUUUAAUCCUCUUGCGAAGCUGUCGCGGAUUUCAGGACGGAUGUCCGGUUUUCCAACGAGUUGCCGAAGAUUUUACAGACAGCUGUUAACGCUGUAGAGUUGGCAGCAGGAUUUUAUAUAUGUCGCGAGUCCAGCGAAAUCCGUAUCGUUUUCCCUGUGGCAAAAUUUACAACGUAACGCGUAAUGUAACGUAACGGUGUAAUGGAAACCGCGUGUCUGGGUCCUAAUGAAAGCUACAUUCUCUUGAGAUUGCACUGGCAGCGGCGUCGUUUAACAAGGCCUACGGUAUUACUGCGCAAAGGUGUGCCGUUUACGGUCUCACGACCAUACUCAUUCCGUCGUAUCACGCGCAACGGUUCUCCAAUCCAAAAUUCAUCUAAACCUUAUUACCUAACCCGUCCCUCUCGGUAGGAUAGCAACAUCCUGUCACAGCCUCUUUCCAUCCACGCUUAGUACGUACCUAGUUCGUGCGAGGUUGGAACUUAACAGUCGAUAGAUCGUCCGAAUCUAGUAAAACCGUCGAGUCUUGGACGCGCGCGGCGUCCGCUCGUUUAUCAACGACGCUCGUUUAUUAACGGCGAUUUUACCUUAGCGUUUAACGGGACGGGUAACGAGCGUUGACGCAGCCACGCGUCCUCGCGCGUUAUUGCACGCGGCAAAUAAUGAAUCGUCGCGAUUCGUUGAUUCGUUAUUUUCUAUCUCGCUCCCUGUGUAUUUCCAAAGCUUAACGCCAGACGCAAAGGUUCUCGCCGUUUGAUCGGCUGAAUAUUUUCACGCGCUUGUUCGUUGACGAUUAACGACUGGUUACGAGCGCGGCAACGGACCGUGAUAAUUAUUAGCCGGUAUAAACGAUGGUUAUUGGCGCGCGACAAUUUAAUUAUUUGACGCUAAUGCGGUUCACCGUUUCGACGAUAUCGUCAAGCUGGUCGCCAUUGUCAUCCCCCCGCCCUCCCUAUAGAGAUCAAAAACCAUUGACUCUUCGUAUCGUGCCAAUCCUUUCUUGCUGAUUCACAGCUUUCUAUUCCCUCGGAGAUGGACGCUCUUCGCGGCGAAUAAAUUGCCAUUAUACCAGCGCUUUCUGCUGGCGAUUUCCCAAAUUGAUGAUUCUCCAAUUUCCAAUAUGCUGAAAAUUAUGCUUCCGCUGCUGGACGAGGAGUGCAGGCCAAGCCGCGUUGAUUAAAUCGAUGCAUAAUCGAAAUUAAACAUUAACCGCACGGUGGCCUCGAUCGGGAACCGUCGACCAGGCGACGACCGAAUUAAUAUGGAACUCGUAGCAACGCUGUACGAGGUAGCAGCUCCUUGCCGUCGAUUUCACGAAUACUUUCAAUUUAAUCGAACACUGACUGGCUCCAUAAAGGAUACGGUGUAAUUACGAUGAUUAGAAUUUAAUGGACCGCGCGUAGCUGGCCACCGAUCCCGGAUCAGUUUCAAAGCAGCGGAUAACGUCGAGGCAGCCCGCUUAUCUGUCUUCGCUUCGGAUAUCGAACUCGUCGCGGUGUGAAAAUUGCGAGAGGCGUGUUUAUAGAACGUGAGGAAAUUGCUCGUCAACCUUCGUCAUUCAUAGACUUUGCUGUUCGACUCGGUACUUGGAUCCGUGCCCCGUAGGUACCGCUUUCGCCGUAACGAGAACGUAGAUUCCGUCAUGGUGUGUCUGGUUGCGAUAAUUUGCUCGAUGUAACCGUGUUUACCGUCCUGGGUUACGAUACUUUUGCCUCUCCUCGAAUCUCCGAUCACACAUUCGCUACUAUUCCCCUGCUAUCGAAAUCAUGGUUGUUCGACGCGGUAACGCGGCUCAUUCUGUUACAGCGGAUCUCGUUUCAAGGUCGAUCAAAUGCUUCCAUCGUUUGCUUAUUCCUAUACCUAUUCCAUUUGCCGACAUUGCUAUUCCAACAACGUGAAACGCUCUACGAGCAGCACGAGCAUACCUUGUUACUCGCGGAGUCGCUCUUCUCACCUUAUACUCGCGUAUCUUCUAAAACACCGAGAACCGUGAAAUACCUUCUCCGUUCGGAGAAGUUCGGUUUUCGAAAGGAAUCGAAUUUUUGAAGUUGACGGGGGAGAGAAGCGGCGCGUGAGAAUCGAGCUUAAACGAAAUCGAGAUUAAACGCGCGGUCGGACGAGAUUCGUCCAUCGACUUCCUGGUGUUUGCGUUCGGUUACGAGAUACGCGUUGAAUUAUCGAGCGACGCGUGCCGCCAUCAAACUUCCCACGCGACUGGUGCUCCGGCAAAAUCGAUCCCAGUAGCAUUCUCUUCGCGUGUCUUUAAUCUCGUUGCAGCUUGUCGCCUUGACGACGUUCGUCAGAGUCCAAACGUCGUUUCGCAAACAUCGCCACGAGUUUGGACGCGAUCUGCAGGCACGAUCCCAGGCAUCUCAGGCGUAAUCGCGUGGUUCGUUUCGAAGCGAGUAGUUGGUCCGGUUCUUGAGACUUUUCCUAUUUUUCAGGGCAUACGCGUAAUUUUCAUCCUAUUUCACGGGAGAAUAACAGUUAACAGAUCACAGCUGUAAUCUCGGCCUUCUUUCGAAACCGGAUAGAGCGCAAAGAGAAUCAGAGAACAGGUUGUUGAACGCAUCGGAAGGAAGUUUCGCCGGUGUCGGACGAAACUGAAUAGCUCGCAGCGAGGAAGCCGAGAGUCGUGUAACUACGCCGUACCGUCUACUACAUAGCACUGCUAUGAAUAUAUGUAUGAAAUACAAGCAGACGCCUGUUUGUCGAUCGAUGGAUCGCGAUCAACGCUGUAGAGAAUUUAUAUCGAAAUUUUCGCGAGGAACGAGCAACGUUCCGUGGAAACGGCAAAUCUCGCGCGAUCGCGGUGUCUCUGACGCCUGGCGAUCCGAGCGCAACAUUAUUCCAACUUUUCUUUCUUCUUGAUCAUCGUUGCGAAAUAUGGCUGCACCGUGGCAAUAUUUCGUCGAUUCGAGGAAACAACCCGCAAUCGCGUAGCUUCGUAGACGUAUUGCUUUUCCUAUUUGACACGUCGAUGGUUUCCUCUUGUCUUCGACAAAUCGAGCGUGGACUGGAAACGGCUGGGUUAUGGAAAUAUUCGAACCUUUUCUUUCACCGAACCUGACUUGUUUCGUUUAGUUUUCUUUUUUUUUUUUUCUUUUCUUCUUUUUAUUAAUUCGCCGUUAUUAUUCGAUAUUGGAAUUCUAUACGAGGCAUGAUAUUAAAUUUCGGAUAGAAGACGGAAACCCGCGAACAAGUUCAAAUUGGAAUGGUGCGUCAAACGCGAUAUCGGAUUAAGAUUCUCAGCGACGAAACACGGUUUACUAUCGAGACUCGAAGAAGCGCCGGCUCCGCGUAAACCUCGUGCUUUGCGGCGUUCGUGACUCGCGAACCCCCUGCUUAGAUUGCCUCGAAUCGAGUCAGAACACGAACGUAUCGACCAAGUUGGUGAAACUCGGUCAGCGUGUUUUCCUUUCGCACGGUGUAACGAAUAUCAUGGCUGUCGGACGAGAGACGGGAGAAGAAUGUUAGUAGCCGAUGGGAAAGCGGCAGAGAAGCGCGCGAAGCGUGGCAUGUACGGCAAAAGGAUUAGGAUGGGACUACGACGAGAUCGCGUCAAGUUUUUCGCCGUAAUCGUUAGAAAAUGGGAGAGAAAAGAGGUAAAAGGGCCAGGAAAAAAGAGGAGAGAUAAGUAAGGGGGAGAGGAGAAUCGAGGGCAGACGUAUCGAUCUCGUUCGACCCUCCCUUCGACCGUAAAGUUCGUCGCGAACGGAAUUACGAUUCCGCACAAUUACACAGUCGCACAUCUAUAUCAUUUGUGCACACACACGUACACAUAGGCGCGCGUGCGCGCAUACAUCGGCAUAUAUACACCGCGAUCACCUCCGUGAAUCCACAUUCAUAUACAUAUAUAUAUAUAUAUAUAUACAUAUAUAUAUAUAUAUAUAUAUAUAUAUAUAUAUAUAUAUAUAUAUAUAUACAUAAAUAUAAAUAUAAAUAUAUAAGUAUACAUGUAAUACGUACACGCGCUCAUGUACACACGAUGUUCCGAAGGAUUGAGCAAUACGAUUUGUAUUACCGUGUAUAACGUAAUGUAUUCGAUUCUGCACAUGUCGUACGUACUUUUGAUGUAGCGAAGGAUUUUUCACGACUGAUACGAGAUUAAAGAAUAAAAAUAGCUUUUGUAUUAA